UCAGACUCUUCUACGUAAGGGUGGCGGGCGAUCGAGACGUCACGUGAUGAGCAUCCUGCUUCCCAACAUGGCGGAGUUCGACACGAUCUCGGAACUGGAGGAGGAGGAAGAGGAGGAGGAAGAAGCGACAACGUCGUCGUCGUCGCCGUCGUCGUCGUCGUCGGUAUCGGGGCCCGACGAUGACGAGGAAGAUGAGGAGGAAGAGGAGGAGGAGGAAGAAGAAGAGAAGGAGCAAGAGGAGGAGACGCCACCGCCACCUCGCGUAGUGAGCGAGGAGCAUCUGCGGAGAUAUGCCCCUGACCCUGUGUUGGUGCGGGGCGCCGGCCACAUCACCGUGUUUGGCUUGAGCAACAAGUUUGAUACUGAAUUUCCUUCAGUUCUAACAGGGAAGGUUGCCCCGGAAGAGUUUAAGACCAGCAUUGGCCGUGUGAAUGCGUGCUUGAAAAAGGCUCUCCCAGUCAAUGUGAAAUGGCUGCUAUGUGGUUGUCUCUGCUGUUGUUGCACACUGGGUUGCAGCCUGUGGCCUGUUAUUUGUCUCAACAAAAGAACCAGAAGAUCAAUUCAGAAGUUGUUAGAAUGGGAAAAUAACAGAUUAUAUCACAAGCUUGCUUUACACUGGAAGUUGACUAAAAGGAAAUGUGAAACUAGCAAUAUGAUGGAGUAUGUAAUACUAAUAGAAUUCUUACCAAAAUAUCCCAUAUUCCGACCUGACUGAGGAAUUUUAUUCAGUCACUUCUGUGUUACCUGUCAUUUCCUACCCUUAGUGCCUUGUAGGUGAUCUUGGAAUGAAGAUGGUCUCAUUGCUCUCUUCAACUUAUUCUUUAUAAUGGUAGAAUAUUAUCCUCAUUCUUUUAUUUGUGUUGGUUUAAAAAGAAAAUUUGCACAUCUUUUUUGUUGUUGUUAAACAAAGCUUGUGUUUUGCACUCUCAGUUUUUAAAUAAAUACACACAUAUGUGUAUAUGUAUAGUUGUUAUUAAAGAUAAAACAUUAGUACUGGCGUUAAAAAAACAAAAACUUGUUUUAAGCAUGCUGCCUUAUAAUUUUCAUAUUCACUGUUUCUAAAUAUGCAUCAUUUUUGUAGGCUACUUUAAUGCUCUGUAAUCCCUUAUUGAACAGACAUAAAGAAGCUUUUGGUAGCUUUUAGAAAUGGUUUUAUUCUUAUCUGCUUUCAAAGGACAUGCAAUUAGUAGCACUGGUUUUGUCCUGCACUUAGCUAAAUUAUCAUUUAUGUUAGUGGAUAAAAUAUUUAAACUCCUAAAGACUUGUAAAUAUUGUCUCUUUGCAUAAUGUAAAAUGUGAUAUGCCAUGGUUUACAGAAUUUAAUAUUAUUCUUACUGUAUUGCCAACAAUUCUGCAUAGAUUUUAAUAUGAAUGAAGUUUGUAAGCAUCCUUUUAAAUGUACAGAUUGUUAACAUGCUGUUGUAUGGCAAAGCCAUAAUAAGUAUGCGAAAAAUUUCAACUGUAGGACAGGGUUGCCCUUUGUAAUGAGUUGAUUAAAACUAAAAUCACUGUCUAAGAUACUCUGCAUUGCACCUGAAACCAAGACCCUGAUUUUUUUCUAUUUAAUUCAGUAAUUACCAUUUUGUCCUCCAUUCCCACCCCCAAAAGAAUUCAUUUGGCAUCUGACACAUUUUAAAGCCCCACUAUUCUCAUUUAUUUCCCUUAAUGUUUCCUUUUCUGCAUUUGAAAAAACACACAAUUGUCACCUGUAAGGAGUCUUUCAAGAUUUCAGAUGGCUUAGAUGGUGUCUAGACCCCCAUGAAAGCCACUGCUAAUGCCCUUCUGGGGUUCUAAUAUUCUACUUUGGGAAAGAGAAAGCCCAUUGAAAAGCUGUACUUAAAGAAUAUGCAUGUGGUGGGUAAAUCACAAUUAAUAAAAUAUUCUUAAUCUUA